AUGCGGGGAUUGAUGCAUUCGAUUCAACGUGACAUGGUAUUGCUGGAAAAUCAGCUUCCUGUGUUCGUUCUCGACCGGUUAUUAGAGCUACAGCCCGGUACACAGAACGAAACCGGUUUAGUGGCACAACUAGCAGUCCUAUUCUUUGACCCACUAAUUCCAAAGGACGAGUGGUUGACCAGAACCGACAAGUUACCGCAAACAUAUGAAGCUGACCCAUUCACGAACAUGGAGGAAUUGCACUGUCUGGAUAUUUUUCAUAGAAGUUUGCUCCUACCUAAGUUGGAUUCAAGGAGAGGUUUGAAAAGUAGAAGUAGAUGGAAUCGGGGUUCGCGGGUAGUGGACAAGCGCCAACAACAAAUGAUACAUCGCGUCACCGAACUAAGUGAGGCCGGUACCAAGUCUCUCUUCCUGAAUCUCAUAGCUUUUGAGCAGUGCCAUAUGGACUCAAGCAACGACAUAACAUCGUACAUAGUUUUCGUGGACAAUCUAAUAGAUUCUGCAGAAGACGUUAGUUACUUGCGUUCAUGCGGUGUCUUGGAACACUGGUUAGAGAACGACUCUAUAGUCGCGGAUAUGUUCAAUCAACUAGGUCAAGGAAUCAUUUUUAACAUCAAAGAUAGUUAUCCGUUGUCGGUUGACCCUAAUGUCUAUUAUCACCAGCACAAUAAGUACUACAGGAAGUGGAAUGCUUGGAAGAAGACCUUAAAAGAGAAGUACUUCGAUAGUCCCUAG